UCUCAGACGGUCCGAAAAGCUGCAAUCCACAUCAAGAUGAAGGCCUACUUGCUGGUUAUCCUGCUUAUCGGCGCUGUCGCUUGCAUGGCGGACGCGGCGACCACGAGUUGCUCUUGCCCGCAGUGCAUCAUCUACGAGCCCAUCUGCGCCAGCAGCUACAAGAACGGACGUCGCGGCUUCAGCAGCGGCUGCCACAUGCGUUGCUACAACAAAUGUCACGGCACGGAUUACUUCCAGAUCAGUAAGGGAAGCAAAUGUAUAUGAAGCGACAGCAUAUUGUGAACCGGCAAUUCAACUAAAAAAGUUAUUUAUUAUUUGUCUUAGGUUUUUAAAUUUUAAUAAACU